UAAAAAUAAAUGAUAAUUCAAAAUGGCAAAAAUCUUACUAUAAAUAUUUAUCGCCAUGGAAUGUAAGCCAUAACAGAAAACGGUUACAGGAGAACCUGCGUUGUCCACACUCAAUCUUAUUUUCCUUCCCUCAAAUUCUUAAUUCAAUCUUAUUUUACCGCCUAAUUUUCUUCCCCCGCCGUAAAUGAGUACCGUGAAAUUACUUUCACCGUCAUGUAGCACCGGCAUUUUCCGCAAUGUCGAAUGCCGACAAUCGGCGACUUCUCCUUCACCGGCGGUGGAGAACCUAGGGUUUUCUAAGCUCUGCGGAACCAAUGUCGGUAGAUCGUAUCGUAGUCCCAGAAGCUUGGUACUCUGCUACGACCGUGAGAAAUUGAACUUACGGAGACCGAUUAAGGCGAAGGAAUACACCGGCGCUUUUUUGAUCCAUGGCCGCAAGUGCUCGAGGAAGUUGUUGAAGCCAAUUAAGGCUAAGAACGACUCUGAACCGUCUUGGACGGAUAACAGUGCUGCGAUAUCUGGUAAAAGUUUCCACAAGAUGUCGAACAUUGGGAACUCGACAAACAUUUUGUGGCAUGAAUGUCCAAUUCAAAAUCGUGAUAGGCAGCAACUGCUUCAGCAAAAAGGCUGUGUUAUAUGGCUAACUGGUCUCAGUGGUUCAGGAAAAAGUACUCUUGCAUGUGCUUUGAGCCAAAGCUUGCACUCCAAAGGAAAACUGACUUACAUCCUUGAUGGUGACAAUAUUCGGCAUGGUCUAAACCGUGAUCUUAGUUUUAGAGCAGAAGAUCGUUCAGAAAACAUUCGAAGGAUUGGUGAGGUGGCAAAACUCUUUGCAGAUGCUGGUGUUAUUUGCAUCACUAGUUUAAUAUCACCCUAUCAAAAGGAUAGAGAUGCUUGCAGAGCACUACUGCCAGAAGGGAGUUUCAUUGAGGUUUUCAUAGACGUGCCACUACAUGUGUGCGAAGCUAGGGACCCAAAGGGACUUUACAAGCUUGCUCGUGCAGGAAAGAUCAAAGGUUUCACUGGUAUAGAUGAUCCAUAUGAACCACCGUGUGGCUGUGAGAUAGUCUUACAACAGAAAGGAAGUGAUAGUAAGUCUCCUAAAGAUAUGGCAGAAAUAGUGAUAUCCUAUUUGGAGAAGAGUGGACACCUGAAGGCCUGACUUUGCUUUAGAGGGGCCUUUCUUUUCCUAUUUUGUUCGCUUUAUUGGGGUUUCAAAGUGUCCUUUCUUCUAGCAUGUAGUUAAAUUGUGUUGUAGAUUAUAGCACAUAAGAAGUUGUUCCUUUCAGCUGCAAGGAAAUCAUCGUUUCCUGCAGCUAAAUAAGGUGGAGCCAUGAGGAAGGAUUUAGGAGUUGGUGUUGAUUGAUAUAAAUAAGAACAUAGGAGAAAGGAUUUAGUGUAUGUGAUUUGUAUCUUUUAGCCAAUAUUAGAUGUUUGUAAUUCAGAUUCUAUUGAGAUAAAUGAAAUGACCCAGUAUAUUCA